UAUGGCUCUCUUCCCCGCAAAAGCGUCAUGGCAGUUCACUCUGGUGAUGGUGUUGUCCAGCAUUGCAUCACUGACCGUACAAGCCUUCACGGCUCCAUGCCGCGCCUCACAGUUGCUGGGGAGGAGGUCGGUGCAGCUACCGUCUCCUCCUACUUUCUCAGUAGGUUCAAUACGAAUGUCAGCUGGCAGUCCGCCCAGGGAUGACAAGUACUUGCUUGACGGUGAGACAGAAGUUUUUUGUAACCGGGAAAUCAAUAUGCAGCAGAUCCGGGCCAUUGGGUUCGACAUGGACUAUACUCUCGCUCAGUACAACCUGGCCUUCGAGCUGCUCGCCUACGACGGGGCCAAGCAGAAGCUUGUCGACACCUUUCGAUACCCUGAAGCCGUGGCUAGUUUCGAGUAUGAUUCUACGUACUUUCGGCGGGGACUCGUGAUCGACAAAGAGAGAGGGAACGUGAUCAAGAUGGACAGGCAUAAGUACGUCCGACAAGCCUACCACGGCUUCUCCCCCCUCCCGUCCGCCGUCCGAAAAAGCCUGUACAUGGCCAGCUCUGAGAAUAUUCCGCUAUAUACCGAGAGCACGUUUGUGAACAUCGACACUCUCUUCCUCCUCGUGGACGCCUACCUCUUCGCCCAGCUGGUCGAGUACAAGGACCGGCACCCGAGCGAGAUCAAGCACUCCUACGCCGCCAUCUACUCGCACAUCCGCCAAUGCGUGGACCUGUGUCACCGCGACGGGGUCAUCAAGGACCGAGUGGCGGAGGACCCGGGGGCCUACAUCGUCCCUGAUCCGGGCAUGGUGACCAUGCUCGAGCAAUACAAGGAGAGCGGGCGGAAGACCUUCCUGGUCACCAACAGCCUGUGGGAAUACACGGAUGUGGUGAUGAAUUUCUUGGUCGGGAACAAGGGCCCGCGCAACCAAGACUGGCUGGACCUGUUCGAGGUCGUGAUCGUGGGAAGCCGGAAGCCGGCCUUUCUGGAGGAUCGGUCCGCCUACAUGAUGCGGGUCGCCCCCGCGGACGGUUCCUUGCGCAAUGUGGACGGCGUGGAGGGGCCCGUGGACGCCUUCUUGGCGCAGGGCAAGGUCUUCCAGGGCGGGAACUGGAAGCAUUUGCUGGAGAUGCUCAAGCUCACCUCGGGGGACAACGUCCUCUACGUGGGCGACCACAUGUACAGCGACAUCCUCAGAAGCAAGAGAAGUCUGGGCUGGCGGACCUGUCUGGUGAUCCCGGAGCUGGCGGGGGAGGUGGCGGCCUUGCAGCAGUACGCGGGCCUGGACGCAGGCUUGCAAGAACUGAGAAGACGACGGCUGGUCAUGGACGAGGAGAUGGACUCUCUGUACAAGUCAAUUCAGGUGUUGCGCCGGGAGGAAAAGCAGGGCGCUCAGGGCGGGGCGAGCACAGAGCCUUCUCCCGAGCUAAAGAAACUGACGCGGCAACUGCAAGAGCUGGAGGAGGCGGGCGAGCGACUGGACGACACUAUCAAGGCGGGCUGCUCCGACUACCACCACAAGUUCCACCGGGUGUGGGGCAAGCUUUUUGAGUCCGGAUUCCAGGAAAGUCGCUUUGCGAAGCAGGUUUCCACCUACGCCUGCGUGUACACAAAGAAAGCCUCGAACCUGGGCAUGGUCUCGCCGGAGCGCUGGUUCCGGACGGUUCGAGAUAGCAUGCCUCACGACGUUUACUUGGCCCUAGGCUUGGGGGGGGCAAGUCAAACCGAGAUGGUGGGUGCGGACGCGGGGGAUCCUCGUUGAGGGGGAG